AUGGCAGGUCCGCUGUGGCGGGCCACGGUGUUUGUGCAGAGACACAGGACGGGCCUGUUGGUGGGCUCCUGCGCAGGCCUGUUCGGGGCCCAGAUCUCGUACCACCUCUUCCCCGAUCCUGUGGUCCAAUGGCUAUACCAGUACUGGCCUCAGGGCCAGCCGGCGCCUCUGUCCCCGGAACUGGAGAGGCUCUUCCGGGAGGUGCAGCAGGACAUUGGCAUCCCCUCGGGCCACCACUUCGAGGCCUUUACCACCUUCACCUUCCAGCCUGUGAGUGCCGGCUUCCCGAGACUCCCUGGCGGGGCCGUCGUGGGCAUCCCCGCCAGCUUCCUGGGUGGCCCAGUGACCAACACCGACCGGCCCGUGGUGGUUUACGGGCAGCGCGUGGACUGGCGGAGCCCAGCAGGCGCCCGGCUGAGAGAUGCCCUGACCCUGUCUCGUGAGGCCCAGAAGUUUGCCUUGGCCAAGGAGGUGGUGUACCUGGAGAGUGGGGCGGCCGCCCUGCAGGCCCUGCCAGCCCCAGCCUGCCUGGCGGGCACCUGGGCGCUGGGUGUGGGGGCCAAGCGCGCCUUGGGGCUCUACGGGGGCCCCAUGAGCUUGCGGGCCGCCUUCAACGUGGUGGCAGCGGCGGCGGGCUUCGUGGCCUGCGCCUUCUCCACGGACUCUCUCACCCACGCCCUGGAAGCCUGGGUGGACCGCCGCACGGCCUCCUUGUCUGCAGCCUAUGCCCGGGGCGGGGUGGAAUUCUACGAGAAGGUUCUGUCAGGCAACCUGGCCCUUCGCAGUCUGCUGGGCCAGCAGGGGGAGAAGCUCUACACGCCCAGCGGGAACGUCGUUCCCAGACACUGGUUCCGCAUCAAACACCUGCCCGACACGGCCCGCCGGGACUCGGUCCUGCAGAUGUGGCGGGCAGCGCUUGGGCCCGGUGGCGCCUGA